AUGGCUGGACAUCAAGCCUCAGAGGACGAGUUUAAGUGUGCUAUUUGCAUGGAAUGCUUUACUCAGCCCUGUCGCAUUCACCCAUGUCAACACGUCUAUUGUCUAGAAUGUGUACAGAAUCUGCACUCACAGCUGAACCCCCACUGUCCCCAGUGCCGCUGUGACAUCCAGUGUGUGAUGCCAGCCGGGGAUGUGGAGUUGCGGAUGUCACAGUGCCACAUAUCAUGCUCAGAGUGCAAUAUUCCUGUCCCAGCAUUAUCCCUAAAGCAACACAAGAUCACAUGUCCUGGGGUUCAAAGACUCAAGGCUGUUGCUGCACAAAGUCUACACAUGAGAAGACCUGGAGCAACAGCACCAGGCAUGGGCCCAAACAGAUCCACUUUCCGAUGUCCUUACUGUGAUCAGUCCAACCUUGUUACCUACCAGCUCAUUGAACAUUGUAACAUGGCACACACAAACUGCACAACCAAAGUGGUGUGCCCAAUCUGUGCUUCCAUGCCAUGGGGCGACCCAAAUUUGAGAAGUUCCAAUUUUAUUCGACAUUUGAACAUGAGGCACAAGUUUGAAUAUGAUACAUACGUGGAUUACGAUCAAGAUGACGAUGCCAUGCUGCAGGCAGCACUUCACGCAUCCCUGCAUGACAGUCAGGCACAGUUCUGA